AUGAACAAUAUGAAGAUUAAUUUAUUGCUUCACACAGAAGAGCGACUUCAUAAGUGCACUACGUGUGCAAAAUCCUUCCAAACCAGCAGCAGUAUGAAGACUCAUACAUUAGUUCACACAGGAGAGCGACCUCAUAAGUGCAUUACAUGUGGAAGAACCUUCCGAUAUAGUAGCAGUUUGAAGAAACAUACAUUGAUUCACACAGCAGAGCGACCUCAUAAGUGCAUUACAUGUGGAAGCACUUUCCGAUUCAGUAGCAGUUUGAAGAAACAUACAUUGAUUCACACAGAAGAGCGACCUCAUAAGUGCACUAUAUGUGAACAAUCCUUCAAAACCAAAAAUAUGAUGAAGCAACAUACAAUGGUUCACACUGGAGAGCGACCUCAUAAGUGCACUACAUGUGGAAAAUCUUUCCGAACUAGCGGCAAUAUGAAGAUUCAUACAUUUCACACGGGAGAGCGACCUCAUAAGUGCAUUACAUGUGGAAAAUCCUUCCAAACAAGCGGCAAUAUGAAGAUUCAUACAUUAGUUCACACAGGAGAGCGACCUCAUAAGUGCAUUACAUGUGGAAGAACCUUCCGAUAUAGUAGCAGUUUGAAGAAACAUACAUUGAUUCACACAGCAGAGCGACCUCAUAAGUGCAUUACAUGUGGAAGCACUUUCCGAUUCAGUAGCAGUUUGAAGAAACAUACAUUGAUUCACACAGAAGAGCGACCUCAUAAGUGCACUAUAUGUGAACAAUCCUUCAAAACCAAAAAUAUGAUGAAGCAACAUACAAUGGUUCACACUGGAGAGCGACUUCAUAAGUGCACUACAUGUGGAAAAUCUUUCCGAACUAGCGGCAAUAUGAAGAUUCAUACAUUGGUUCACACAGAAGAGCGACCUCAUAAGUGCAUUACAUGUGGAAAAACCUACCGAUUCAGUAGCAGUUUAAAGAAACAUGCUUUAGAUCACACUGGAGAGACCUCAAGAUCACAAGAUCAAUAG